AUGGCGACUGCUCAUUUUGGGUUUUGCUCUGGAAGCAUAAUAGAGACAAUAGAAGACAACCAAGUUUCCUGCGAUAUAUUUGAAGCAAAGGAGGAUCAUUCUCAUUAUCCUGAUGAUCAUGGACCUUAUGCAAGUCAUCCUGAAAGAGAAGUCAACAUACCUGAGGGUCAGGAAAAACCAGAGGCAGCAGUUCAGGAGAAGUCUCAGGAUAAGUCUCAGAAAGGUAGACACCAUCAUAAACACAGACAUCAUCCUUCACAUAAAGGUCAUAAACAUGGUCGUCAUCAUCAUUAUCAUCAUCCCCACCAUCAUGAGCAUCCACCUCAUCAUUAUCACCACCACCACCAUCACCAUCAUUAUCAUCCAAAUCACACCUUCUCUGAACACCAUGAACAUCACCAUCAUCAUCCAAAUCAUUCCUCCUCUAAACACCAUUGGCAUCACCAUCAUCACAAAAAUCUUACCUCCUCUGAACACCAUGACAGUUCAUCAGAAGAACAUACUGACAAGAAAGGUGGCAAAAAAGCUGACAGGAAAUCUUUUAGGAGGAGGAAAUCUUAUUGGAGGAGGUCUAAAGUGGUAGUUCAGAAAAUCACCCUUGGUAGUAAAACUGAUGUUCUUCCAACUCCCACCAUCACCAUUAGCCGGCCUGGUUUUAGAACUGAGUAUAUUCAGUUCCCAGAAGCUGCUUCACAUCUGCCAACAUGCCCUUGGACAAUUCAAGAGAAAGAAGAGAUUGUACCAUUUUUGCCACAUGAAAAAUAAUGCAUCAAGAUUUCAAACCAC